CUCUCUGGGUCGCCGCCAUCUCGCCAUUGAGUCGGUUACUUCGUGCGGUGAGCUUUAACCUUAUCAUCGCACCGGUUGUCGCCACCGAGGCGGACUGGCAGCCCUGAGCGUCGCAGUCAUGCAGGCCGGACCCGUGCAGGCGGUACCCCCGCCGCCGCCAGUUGCCACUGAGUCCAAACAGCCAAUUGAAGAAGAAGCAUCAUCGAAGGAGGAUCCCACCCCUUCCAAGCCAGUGGUUGGCAUUAUUUACCCCCCUCCGGAGGUCAGGAACAUCGUCGACAAGACUGCCAGUUUUGUGGCCAGAAAUGGGCCUGAAUUUGAAGCUAGGAUUCGACAGAAUGAGAUCAACAACCCCAAGUUCAAUUUCUUAAAUCCCAAUGAUCCUUACCAUGCCUACUACCGCCACAAGGUCAGCGAGUUCAAGGAGGGAAAGGCUCAGGAACCCUCAGCUGCUAUUCCCAAGGUUAUGCAGCAGCAGCAGCAAGCCACACAGCAGCAGCUGCCCCAGAAGGUCCAGGCCCAGGUGAUCCAAGAGACCAUAGUACCGAAGGAGCCCCCUCCUGAGUUUGAGUUCAUCGCUGAUCCUCCCUCCAUCUCAGCCUUCGACCUGGAUGUGGUGAAGCUGACAGCUCAGUUUGUGGCCAGGAAUGGGCGUCAGUUUCUGACCCAGCUGAUGCAGAAAGAGCAGCGCAACUACCAGUUUGAUUUCCUCCGACCCCAGCACAGCCUCUUCAACUACUUCACAAAGCUGGUGGAGCAGUAUACCAAGAUCCUGAUUCCACCCAAAGGCUUAUUUGCAAAGCUCAAGAAAGAGGCUGAAAAUCCCCGAGAAGUUUUGGACCAGGUUUGUUACCGAGUAGAAUGGGCCAAAUUUCAGGAGCGUGAAAGGAAGAAAGAAGAAGAAGAGAAAGAGAAGGAACGCGUAGCCUAUGCUCAGAUUGAUUGGCAUGACUUUGUGGUGGUGGAGACAGUGGAUUUUCAACCCAAUGAGCAAGGAAACUUUCCACCCCCAACAACACCAGAGGAACUGGGAGCUCGGAUCCUCAUUCAGGAGCGCUACGAGAAGUUCGGGGAGAGUGAGGAAGUGGAGAUGGAGGUUGAGUCAGAUGAGGAAGAUCAGGGGAAGGCUGAGGAGACUCCUUCCCAGCUGGACCAGGAUACUCAAGUACAGGACAUGGAUGAGGGUUCAGACGAUGAAGAAGAAGGGCAGAAAGUGCCUCCACCCCCAGAGACACCCAUGCCUCCACCUCUGCCCCCAACACCAGACCAAGUCAUUGUGCGAAAGGACUAUGAUCCCAAAGCUUCCAAGCCCCUUCCUCCAGCCCCUGCUCCCGAUGAGUAUCUUGUAUCCCCCAUCACUGGGGAGAAGAUUCCUGCCAGCAAAAUGCAAGAGCACAUGCGCAUUGGGCUUCUUGACCCCCGCUGGCUGGAGCAGCGGGACCGCUCCAUCCGAGAGAAGCAGAGUGAUGAUGAGGUUUAUGCACCAGGUCUGGAUAUUGAGAGCAGCUUAAAGCAGUUGGCUGAGCGACGUACUGACAUCUUUGGGGUAGAAGAGACAGCCAUUGGUAAGAAGAUUGGUGAAGAGGAGAUCCAGAAGCCAGAGGAGAAGGUGACUUGGGAUGGCCAUUCAGGCAGCAUGGCCCGGACCCAGCAGGCUGCCCAGGCCAACAUCACCCUCCAGGAGCAGAUUGAGGCCAUCCAUAAAGCCAAGGGCCUGGUGCCAGAAGAUGACACUAAGGAGAAGAUUGGCCCUAGCAAGCCCAAUGAAAUCCCUCAGCAGCCACCACCUCCAUCUUCAGCCACCAAUAUCCCCAGCUCAGCACCCCCCAUUACAUCAGUGCCCCGGCCACCUGCGAUGCCACCUCCAGUCCGUACCACUGUUGUAUCUGCAGUACCUGUCAUGCCUCGCCCACCCAUGGCAUCUGUGGUCAGGCUGCCCCCAGGCUCAGUAAUUGCCCCUAUGCCACCUAUCAUCCACGCACCCAGGAUCAACGUGGUACCUAUGCCUCCUGCAGCACCUCCCAUCAUGGCGCCCCGCCCACCUCCCAUGAUUGUGCCAACAGCCUUCGUGCCUGCCCCACCUGUGGCUCCAGUCCCAGCCCCAGCUCCAAUGCCUCCUGUACACCCCCCACCUCCUAUGGAGGAUGAGCCGCCAUCCAAGAAACUAAAGACCGAGGACAGUCUCAUGCCUGAGGAAGAGUUCCUGCGCAGGAACAAGGGUCCAGUAUCCAUCAAAGUGCAGGUACCCAACAUGCAGGAUAAGACGGAAUGGAAGCUGAAUGGUCAGGGGCUGGUCUUCACUCUCCCACUCACAGACCAGGUCUCUGUCAUCAAAGUGAAGAUUCAUGAAGCCACGGGCAUGCCUGCGGGGAAACAGAAACUACAGUAUGAAGGCAUCUUCAUCAAGGAUUCCAACUCCCUGGCUUACUACAACAUGGCCAGUGGUGCUGUCAUCCACUUGGCCCUCAAGGAGAGAGGCGGCAGAAAGAAGUAGCAAGAGAUACUGCAGUUGGACUCCUGCCAUUGUACCUCUUUCCACCACCGAUUCCAGGAGUGUCUCUGGGACCUCAGGCACAGCCUGGGCGUUUGUUUCUCUCUAAGACAGUCUAUGGAAUGAAUAUCUUGUUUUAGUUCUGGAUUGAAGGUCCUUCAAGGAAGUCUAUUAGGAACUGAAGACCCAGAGUUGUCCCACAGGACAGUUUCACACUAUCGAGUGCUGCUUAGCUAAUAAAAUAUGUUUAAUGCCAUUCAUCAUUUUGUAUCAUGCUUUGGUCUCUAAUAAACCUCUUGAAGCCAGGCAUGAUACAUGCAUGCCUGUGAUCCUGGAACUUGGGAGGUGCAGGCAGGAGAAUUAAAUGUUCAAUGUUCACCGAGGCUGUAUAGCUUGAGGCCAGACUGGGCUGUGUG